AUGGCUUCUGCUGCUCUAGGAGAAGAGCUGAGCUGUUCCAUCUGCCUGAACCUUUAUACGGAGCCGGUGUCCCUAAGAUGUGGACACAACUUCUGCCGGGAUUGUAUUGGGACUGCUCUGGAAUCACAGGAGAGGUCUGGAGUGUACUCCUGUCCGGAGUGCAGAGAGGAGUAUGUAGAGCGUCCCGUGUUGGAGAAGAACAGGAAGUUGUGUAACAUUGUGGAGGGUUUCCGAUCUGCUCAGCAGGAGAAGACCGAAACCUUCUGUACGUACUGCGUGGACACUCCUGUACCGGCAUCUAAGACAUGUCUGCACUGUGAGACCUCUUUGUGUGAGAAACAUCUGAUGGCUCAUAAUAAGUCCGUGGAUCACGCUUUAAUUGAGCCCACCACAUCAUUUGGAGACUUAAAAUGCCCUGUGCACAAAGAGAUCCUGAAAUAUUACUGUUCAGAGGAUGAUGUAUGUACCUGUAUAUCCUGUUGGGUGGCUGGAAACCAUGUGGGGCACAAGAUGGAGCUUCUCAAUGAAGCCUACGAGAAGAAGAAAGCAGAACUGAAAGACACUAUUGAGAAACUGACCCACAACAGACAAGAGACUGAGAGGAGAACCCAAAAUCUGGAAACUCACAGGACACAAGAGGAAGGAAAAGCUGCUGAUGUCAUCGGGAGAGUCACUGAGCUGUUUAGUGACAUCAGGAAACAGCUGGAUGGUGUAGAGAAGAGAAUCCUGACAGAGAUCUCCAGACAGGAGGAGAAGAUCUCACUGACAGUCACAAAUUUGGUCAAGGAGCUAGAGCUACAGAAGGACAAGCUGUCCAAGGCUAUUGAUGAAGCGGGGGAUGCCUUAGUUAUCACAGACCAGGUUACUUUCCUGAGGAAGAAACAAAGUGAUGAUGUUAUUAUCAGUGGUGAUGUCAUCAGUGAUGUUAGAGAAGCUGGAUGUCUGGAUGUGGUGAUGAUCUUAUUCAUGUUACAGAAAGGACUUCUCAAAUUUACUGACAACCUUACUGAACUGAAAACAAAGGGACAGUUGGAAGCGUUGGACAAAUCAGACAUCAAACUGGAUAUAAACACAGCUAAUAAUUAUAUUUAUGUAUCUCCGGAUCUUAGAUCUGCAAAAUUAACUGAAACCUUGCAGAACAGAGCGGCUUUCCCACAGAGAUUUAUAACCCAUCAGGUUAUAAGUAAAAACAGCUUCUCCUCGGGAAGACAUUACUGGGAGGUGGAUGUGAGCGGAGCAGUGCCAUGGAUAGUAGGUGCGGCCACUUCUAGUAUAGAAAGAAAAAUAAAUGAGCGUAAAGCAUACAUAGGUUGCAAUGACAAAUCAUGGGGUGUAAAAUUUGCAGGAAAGCUUGCAGCAAGUCAUAAUAACAUACAUGAAGUCAUUGAUCCAGAAUGUUCUGUGCAGACUCUUGGGAUAUCUUUGGAUUAUGAGGCUGGCCAUCUGUCCUUCUACAAGCUGUGUGACCCCAUGAGACACCUCCACACCUUCACUGCCACCUUCACUGAGCCGCUCCAUGCUGCUUUUAGCUUGACAAACAGUACCUGCAUCAAAAUUGUCUACUAA